AUCAUUAGAAAAAAUUUUGGAAAGGUUUUGGUUAGCAAAACGUGCGAGGUUUUUUUAAAGAAAUACAAUGGUUCUCGUGGAGAAUGAUGCAUUUUUAACCCAACUCACCCAUCUUUAUAACAAAACCAGGACGUCUGGAACUGUUUGGGUCACAAUGAAAGCUUAUCACGGUAGAACGAAGCCAAUACCAAGAGGAAAGAAGAAAGAUAAAAGUGCUUUACUAGAAAUGGAGGGAAGCGAGAGUAAAUGUCUUAUAAGAGCAACAAAUGGGAAAAAGAAAAUAAGUACAGUGAUUAAUUCAAAAGAUGUCAAUAGAUUUCAACAGGCAUAUACAAGCGUACUAAAAGGUUGUCUUGAUAACUUGAAAAAACGAGAAAGAAAAACAGCGAAAAGCAAGAAAGCCAAGGCCACACAAUAAAAUAAAUUAGAAGAUAAAUUAGGCUUAUUGUCCAUCCUAAGGUGUAGAGAAUGUGUUAUACAACUUACCCACCUAAUAAAUCAAGCUCUGAUUUUGAAAGUGUGAAGAUUAGAGCAGGCUUGUAAGUUAUAACUAGUUAGGUAAGAGAAUAUGACUUCAACUGAACCACUUUGGUUAAUAAAUUAUACAAAAAUGUCUGUCAAAUAUAUUAACUAUUUGAGUUUUAACCAAAGUGUCAGGUGAAGACAAAAAAAUGUAAAUAAAAUUUUGUUGUGGUGAAUUAAUUUUGUAUGGUAUUCAUCACUGAUUGUGAUAGCAAGUUUUGGGUAAAUUAUUGUCUUAU